AUCUCCCAAAAUGUCAUCCAGAGCGAGUAGCCUGCCUCGACUCGCACGCCGUGUGUAUGACAUCACCUUGACAGAUGAGUCCUUUCAGCAGCACUUGCUUGAAGUUUUAACUGGGUAACUCAAAGGUUGUUCAAUCAAUAAGUGAAGCUUUUUAAAAUGCUUGGUUGUUUCCUCUACUAGGCUGAAUUGUUAAUAGGACAGAGUCUGCUAUGCUGAAGCGAGUAGUGUCCACACAGGCUGCUAGUAAACCUGAGGAAUAAUCUGUUUGUACUUUGUCAUCCUCCACAGACAGACUUAAACAGAUUUAAAGCUCCCCGUGAAAUGUGCUUUGAUGCUUUAAGAAUGGGCCUCUGAUGAAAUUAAAACAACUCAAGUCAGCAUACAGAAAUAGAAUUACAAGCAGAAAUAAUUCACUUUGUGAAUGAAAAAGCACUCUCCGGCUGCUCUGGAUCUUUUCUCUUUUUCUUUUUUUCUUUUUCUGAGAUGGAAUCCGUCAAUGAACGCGUUAAGGAGAUGUAAGAGGGAGAAGAGGAUGUCUCACUGCCAUUAACCUGAAACCACCCUCUCCUUACACCCCACCCACCCCUCUCCUGGCUCGACCCCACUCCACCUCCCCUCGUUCAUUCAGAUCCGGCCCAGGCGGAGAGGAAACUGCUGCCCCCCUUGGGGAUUUGGCAUCAUAAUUAUAUAGGAAGCAGAGCAGUCUGCCGUCUGUUAGAGCUGGAGAGGCUGCAGGCUGGUCACACAUGUCCGCUAAUGUGCAGUGAACAACUGGUCAGAACACGGAUGUGGAGCUGUCUUUCUGACACAGUUUGGAAGAGUGAGAAGAGGAAGCAGCCAUGUCAGAGAAAAAGCCACGCGGCUCAGACACACGUCCCAAAUGUGGCCUCCGCAGUUGGAGUGCAGACAGUUAUGUUUGGCGGGGGAAGAAACGCUCCCGGAGCUCUCGCGACGGGUCGAGUCCCGGAGGGCUGGAGGCAGAGGGGACGGAGGAGCUAGGUGUGCGGUCAACAUCCUGUCCGAGGAGGCGCAGAGAGAGAAAGUGUAGCUGCAGCACUCUUGGGGAUGCAUUGACGUCUGCAGACAUUGAUGUGGUUUGCCGGAAGGCCUUGUCCCGCCGCUCUCUGCGGCAGAAGUUUCAGGAUGCUGUGGGCCAGUGUUUUCCUCUGCGCUCUCACCAUCACCACCAUCAUCAUCAUCACCACCAUCAAUCAGGCUCCUCACGGCCCUUCUCAGUGCUCUUCUGGUCCAAACGCAAGAUCCACGUUUCAGAGCUCAUGCAGGACAAGUGUCCCUUCUCACCCAAAUCUGAACUGGCCCGAUGUUGGCACCUUAUAAAAAAUCCCGCCACCCACCCAAGUGCCCUCAAGGACAUGGAGGCUCCCCUCAAACCCAAUGUCUCAUCUUCCUCUACCUCCCCACCACAGACUCCCCUCUCCUGGGAGGACAUCUGCUGCUCUCCUGGGCCUGGAGGCACCAGUCUGGAGGACUGGGACCCUUCUUGUCCUCAUGGGGGAGCAGAGGGCCGCUGUGGCCAUACUGACUACAUCCUGGUCCCAGAUCUCCUCCAGAUCAACAACAGCUCCUGUUACUGGGGUGUGUUGAACCGCUUUGAGGCAGAGGAGCUUCUGGAGGGCAAACCCGAGGGAACGUUUCUGCUCCGAGACUCGGCCCAGGAUGAGUUCCUCUUCUCGGUCAGCUUCCGUCGCUACAGCCGCUCCCUGCACGCACGCAUUGAGCAGAACGACAAGCGUUUCAGUUUUGAUGUGCGCGACCCAUGCAUGUACCGGGAUCCCAGUGUGACAGGACUACUGAGACACUACAGUGACCCAGCCACCUGCCUCUUCUUUGAGCCCCUCCUUUCCCGGCCGCUAUCAAGGACCUUCCCUUUCUCCCUUCAGCACCUGUGCAGGGCUCUGAUCUGUAACUACACCACCUACCAGGGCAUAGACAGCCUGCCGCUGCCCCCUCAGCUCAGGGACUACCUCCGACAGUACCACAUUAAGUGUGAUGGGGCCUGCGCUGUGUGACAGUCCAAAGCAUGAAGGCCAUGGAAGGCAAAGACAGCACAAGCAAAGGCAGGUUCUCUUGGCAAAGAGGCAAGAAUAUUGCCACUGAAUUCUAAGUAGCUUUGUAGUUGCAAAUCUUUGAGGUCCAAAAGGUGCAGAACUGGAGACUUUUUAAGAUGUUUGAUGAUCUUGAUGCAUCAAGUGAUAUAACAACUAAACCUACAAAGGAUCAUCAGCCUUCUCUACGGGUCUGAAUCCAAAUACUGUAGGAACACGUGGAUGUAAAUGUCUCUCAUGUCAGCCUUCAGUACUUAGGGAUGGUUUGAAGCCUGGAUUUAGGUUGUCUUCUUCCGGCCAUCUUGGCAGUUACUGGAGCCAGGGUCAAGAAAGCAAGCACUACAGCUGACUGUGAUGUGCUGAGACACCUGUAAUUAAGCAAACAUGCCUUAAUAUCCUCAAUGGAGUAAGGAUUCUCAACAGUCACCAAGACAUUAAACGUUAACCCACACUUUUUUGGGAAUAUUGACUCUUGAAGUUGGAGCAUUUCCCCCUUGACUUCAAUGCAAUCAGAGUUGUCUUGUGUUUAGUAUUUCUAGUGGCCACUAGAAGAACUGCACCUUUCAUAGUGCCUGGCUGAGACCAAACCUCCUUUCAUGUACCUUAGUAUCAUAACAAUGUGAUGCUUUGCUGUGGCCUUGUCCUGCACACAACCAGUGCUGUCAAAGGUUAGAGGUACAGAGACCGCAUCUAGUAAUAUCAUAACAUUAUUAAUUAUUCAUUAACUUUGCAACUAAACAACAUUUUUAGACCUCUUCCCCUGUUAGGGUGAAGGUGUUCCUACAUUGCCAUGUUGCUUAAAAUCCCUAGUUGUACGCUGUUGUAGUCUAACUAAUUCACAAAUUCAAACCACAUCUCUCUCCAAAGACUUUGUGUAAUGGUUGAGGUUGUGAAAUGUACCUGAUGGAUUGCUCAACACAUUUACCUCCUCAUGGGAAAGUUGAGUCAGGCAAACUUUAGACGAGAGGACUGCUUUUUUUUAAUCUGCUACACAAAAUGGGUUCAAGGACUGUGUUGGCAAUCAAUAUGGGUAAGAUACAUGACAGAAAAAGAGACAUUACUGAUAACCUGGCAAUGGUUCAAAUACCGUAAACGUCACCUAUUUAUGCCUUUCAACAGCUCUUCUUAUCAAACACUCGUGAAGAGGACUUGAACCUUUUCAAUGCGACUGCAUUCUUCUCUGCAGCCACAAGAUGGCGGCACAACUGCGCUGAUUAGAGCUUUGGGAAGACUUCACCUGCUUCACCUGUCCGCCUUUACACUGCUCAGCUGCUUCUUUACCGUUAGCUGAAAUCUCCUCUGUAAAUUGGUAUUUUAACAUCAGUUGUGCCUCUACAGGUUUCACGAGUAUUGUUGAAAAACUGUUGAUGACAUGAUGGAGUGGGGAACAGUACACUAUAGGACCAAGCACUAUUCUCAAAGUAUUUGAACCACUGUGAUUCCCCCUCAAGGCAUAUAUUGUAUUCACCACAUUGACACACAAACCAAUAAAUGCCAUCUACACUGCCUCUGUAGUGUGACAGUUUCUCAGCUUUUUGUUCUCACUGGACCGAUUUAACGGUGCAGCUCAUGCUUAUCCACACCUGUUCAUGCUGCAGCUGUGGGCUGUGUCAUAGUUAGACAGGCUAAUGGUAUGGAAAAUGCUGCUUUUGAAGUAUCCCUCUGAAAAUAAUUCAUCCCGCUCUCUGCAAAGGACACCUCUAAAUGCCAGCACUUCAGCAGAAGAGCAAAUGGAGAGAUAAGGACAUGAAAAAGACCUCCCCAAUAACUCGGGUGGAAUUCUGAUUUUUCAAUUGAUUCAUGUGUCAUUCAGCCUCUCUCAGAAUAGAAAACAGGGCAUGAAAUCUUCAUCAUACGGCCAUUAGGUUUUUCCUCAGUACUUGUCAUACAGAUAUCAGCAUUUUACUUCUACAUGUUUGAGUAAAUUGGCUGGUCUGUUGUCAGACUGUGUUCUUUUUUCCAUUUUGUGCUUUCCUCUUCGUCAAAGUUUUAGAGAUGGAAUUACAGCUGGUUUGGUUUACAGAGUCAUCCCUUGCUCUUAGACCAGUGUAAAGUUAGACAGUUGCACAAAUAAAUGAUAAAUAGAUUCAUUUUAAGCCUUAAAAUUUUGCCACCGUACCCUCAGACUCUCACAACUAAGAGCUGUGCUUCCAUGGCAACAAUCAGUGACAUCUGCUGACAACUAAAGGCUCAACAGGCCUUUUCAUGGAAGACAUUUUCACAUGUCAAAAAAUACAGUUAAUGAUGGCUGAAUUCCAUUUAGCUGCUUCAGUUUCAGGGUCCUGGUAUUGUGCAUGCUGGCUCACUGUCACUGUCAUGGCUUACUGUCAGAUCUGUCUUGUUUCUUCCAUUAUAUAAAGGCUAUCUGUUGAAGAGGACAGAGGAUAUCAGCGUCAAGGUGAAGCUCAAAGCGCCACUUUUUUCAUCGUAAAAGGAGAUUUAAUUUCCCCUAAAUACAGUACAUUAGUACUACUUAAAGGGGAACGCCACUGAUUUUACACAUGAAGGUCAGUUAACCAGUCAUGGAGAGUACUACUCAGCCUGACUCUCAGCUUGGACUUGGAGAGACACAAAGUCUGGGUUACAAACCAGACGCGUGGAGUCCAAAGAAAAGAUGCUGUUAGCUACAUUAUGAGAAAUGUAGGAUUCAGAACAGUUUGAGCAUCACUUACUAACUAAAACUAAACAGGAUAUUUUAGCCUCUGUUGCUUCGAUUUGAACCAUUUUUAAAAACUCUGUUUCUUGUGAGUCCCCCAACUUUAUCGAAGGACAAUACUAAAUCACUAGAGGUAAUCAAGAACUAGAUAACUCUGUGCAACUGAUGAACUUAGAUCUCUGUCUGAUACCCAUUUGUCAGAUUUAAGCCGAAGACAAAGUCUAUCUUUGUGUUCGAUCCCUUUGACAGCCAGUGCCUGCAUGUCAACGCUCAGUCAAUGGACAGUCAGGAGCCACAUCUAUUGAUUUUCUGGAACCACAUGCAUGAAAUAUUAAUGUUGUCUUGUAUGAUCCAGUUAGCGAGCAUCAUUUUUCAGCCGCUCAAAGCCAAUAUCUGGUGUUACAUUAGAUUCGUGAUAAAUUUGAUCUCCAAAUCUGAGAAAUGAAACAUUGGCGUUUAUGUUUUGAGUUCAUCCAGGACUGCUUCGUACAGUCACGCGUAGCCUAAAACACACGUAUCAGGCUUCGGGCCUGUUGUACAUGUUCACACUCUGAUUCUCACUGAUUCUUGUGUGCUAUUAUAUUUCACUGAUGUAAUAUUUAGACACCCAGCUGUCAGCCUACAGAGUACUUCCUGUUGCAAUAAUCAAAAUCUCCCCUGAGACGCUGCUCAAACAGGCGAGUGGAGAGUCAGCCAAUGGGAGGUUGUCUUUGGCAGCAUAAGAAAGAGCCAAGAGAUACAUACACUGUAUAUUAAUAGCUACUUGAAUUAAUAAAUUAUCAAAAGAA